UCCCGCCCCAGAGAAUCACGAACAGUUAUUUGGAGUUGGAGGAGUCGGGCAGCAUCUAGUUGUCCAAGGGGACAAGAAGAUAGGCUGAAAGCAGAAACUAUCCCAAACCAUAAAGCAGCACAGGUGAAGGCGCACACGCAGAGCGGCCUGCUCUCCAUACCUGAGCCCCAGCCUUCUCUAACUCCAACACCCUGGACGACGGAUCCCUCACAUCCUCUAGGCCCGGCCUGCGCAUGUUUAGCGUGGGGAUGACUUCCUCAGAACACCUCACUCCUUGGAAACACUCGGAAGACGAUGUCAGCCCAGUCUCUUCCUGCAGCGACGCCCCCUACCCUGAAGCCCCCUCGGAUCAUCCGCCCCCGGCCCCCUUCUCGCCAUAGGGCUCCACACUCUCCGGGGCCUCCCCACAAUGGCUCCUCUCCGAAAGCGCUUCCCCACGUUUCCAACGACUCCUCCGCGCCCAUGUGCGCCUCCAUCUUCUGGGAGCCCCCCACGGCCUCCCUGAAGCCCCCUGCCCUUCUGCCCCCCUCAGUCUCGAGAGCCAGCCUGGACUCUCAGACAUCCCCCGACUCACCUUCCAGCACACCCAGCCCCAGCCCAGUGUCCAGGCGCUCCGCGUCCCCAGAACCAGCUCCCUGCUCCCCGACGCCCCCACCCAAGCCCUCGGGGUCUCCCGGAACACCUCUGCCCUCGCCCCCCAUGCCUCUCCAGGAUGGCUCUGCCUCAGCCCCUGGCACGGUUCGCAGACUGGCCGGCAAGUUUGAAUGGGUCCCUGAAGGCAAGGCCCAGUCCUCAGACUCUCUGGAGCGCUGCUCCCAGGGGAGCACGGAUGUGAACGGAGAGAGAGAGGCUCCCCAGGCCGUCCUUUCCGGGACUGGGUCACAGGAGAACGGCAGUCCCGAUGCUGCCCUGGCCUGCCCUGCAAGCUGCCCCUGUGUCUGCCAUGUAGCAAAGCCCGGGCUGGAGCUCCGAUGGGUGCCUGUGGGGGGUCCUGAUGACAUCCUCAGGGUCCCGUGCCGGGCAUCGCCUCUUCGGGCCUCCCGCUCCCGCAUCAACCCUUCGGUCAUCAGCCCUCCUCCCGUGGUCCUCACUUCCUACCGCUCCACGGCGGAGCGCAAACUCCUACCUCCCCUAAAGCCCCCCAAGCCAGCUCGAGUGAGACAGGAUACCAGCCCCUCUGGGGAGCCUCCACUGCUCGACCUGGAACUGCCUCCGGAAGAUGGAGUCCAAGCAGGGCACAGACAUAAAGACGCACCCCAAAAUGCUCCUCCUGCAGCCUUGGAGAAAAGUGCCGGGGAAGGGCUGGAGGCGCUGAAGGAGCAGCAGUGGGAGCUGCCACUGCAGGAUGAACCUUUAUACCAGACCUACCGCGCGGCUGUGCUGUCCGAGGAGCUGUGGGGUGUGGGUGAGGACGGGGGUCCCUCUCCCGCUAACCCCGGAGAAGCUCCCGCCUUCUCCAGGCUCCCUGGACCUCGAAACACCCUGUGGCAGGAGCUCCCGGCCGUGCGAGCCAGUGGGCUGUUAGAGAGCUUAAGCCCCCAGGAGAGGCGCCUGCAGGAGAGCCUGUUCGAGGUGGUGACUUCAGAGGCCUCCUACCUGCGCUCCCUCAGGCUGCUGACCGACACCUUCGUCCUGAGCCAGGCUCUCCGGGACACACUCACUCCUCGAGACCACCACACGCUUUUCUCCAAUGUGCAGCGAGUCCAGGGUGUCAGUGAGCGGUUUCUGGGAACAUUACUGUCUCGCGUCCGCUCUUCCCCGCACAUCACUGACCUGUGUGACGUGGUACACACGCAUGCGGUCGGGCCUUUCUCAGUGUAUGUGGAUUAUGUCCGGAACCAGCAGUAUCAGGAGGAGACCUACAGCCGCCUUAUGGAUACGAACGUGCGCUUCUCUGCGGAGCUGCGGAGGCUGCAGAGCCUCCCCAAGUGUGAGCGGCUCCCGCUGCCGUCCUUCCUGCUGCUGCCCUUCCAGCGCAUCACCCGGCUCCGGAUGCUGCUACAGAAUAUCCUAAGCCAGACAGAGGAGGGGUCCAGUCGGCAGGAGAACGCCCAGAAGGCCCUGAGCGCUGUGAGCAAGAUCAUCGAGCGCUGCAGUGCUGAGGUGGGGCGCAUGAAGCAGACCGAGGAGCUGAUCCGGCUCACCCAGAGGCUGCGCUUCCACAAAGUCAAGGCGCUACCCCUGGUCUCCUGGUCAAGGCGCCUGGAAUUGCAGGGGGAGCUGACAGAGCUGGGGUGUCGCCGGGGCGGUGUGCUCUUCACCUCCCGCCCCCGCUUCACCCCCCUCUGCCUGCUGCUCUUCAGUGACCUGCUGCUUAUCACUCAGCCCAAGAGUGGGCAGCGGCUGCAGGUUCUGGACUAUGCCCAUCGCUCCCUGGUGCAGGCCCAGCAGGUUCCGGACCCAUCUGGACCUCCUACAUUCCGCCUCUCGCUUCUCAGCAACCACCAGGGCCGCCCCACCCACAGGCUACUCCAGGCAGCCUCGCUGUCAGACAUGCAGCGCUGGCUGGGGGCCUUUCCCACCCCAGGUCCCCUUCCCUGUUCCCCAGACACCAUCUACGAGGACUGUGAGUGUUCCCAGGAGCUAUGUUCAGAGCCGUCUACACCUUCCAAGACCGAGGGGCAAAGUCUGGAGUCCAAGGGCCCCCGCAAGCAUCCGCACAAGAACCCUGAAGGUUGGCUUAAGGGGCUUCCUGGAGCCUUCCCUGCCCAACUGGUGUGUGAAGUCACAGGAGAACAUGAAAGGAGAAAGCAUCUUCGCCAGCAUCAGAAGCUCCUCGAGGCUGUGGGAUCCUCAGGCACUGCUGAUACCCCUCAGCCCUAAUGCAGGCCUGGGAGGGGCACAGAUUGGGACGCUGGCAGCAGCAAGGGAAAGCAAAGUCUGCCCAUCCAUCUGCCGGUCUGUCCAUCUGUCUGUCCAUCCAUCCAUCCACCUACCUGCUCGCUUCAGUGGAAACACUACCUCUAGGGGCAACCAGUAGGGAUAGAGCUUCCGGACAGAGAGGCUCAUGAAACAAGGCUAUCUGAGCCACGACAGGAAAGAAAGAAUGAGGAUGGCCUGACUGUGUUGCCAAAGGAGACAGAGGCUAAGUACAGAGUGGCCACGGCUGAGGCCCUGGCCAUUGAGCAUCACUGAAGUUCACAACCAAGGAAGAUGAAGCCGGGCAAUACGUUGAGAAGUGGCAUCAUUGGAGAGGUCCUGUGGCCAACGGGAUGGACAGGGACCCAUCCAGCCAAAGAAGAUGGGGAUUUGGGCCCAGGAGACCAGUAGUCACCCGACUUGGUUUCACAGAAGCCACUGAUCCUAGUCUUUGAGUACAGGAAGUACCAAAUCAAUCUGAUGCUUCUGUUUCUGGGCCAUUUCCUAUGUCUUUUCAGAGCGCUUUCUUCUAGAAGAGUCCAGAGUGCGUCUCGGAGGACGUGUGUAUGUGUAUAUAGGAAGGCAACAGCGCUGAAUGUGGCGUGUGUGCGCGUGUGUGCGCGCGUGUGCGUGCGUGCGUGCGUGCGUGUGUGUGUGUGUACGCGUGCGCGCGUGCGUGUGUGUGUGUGUACGCGUGCGCGCGUGCAUGCGUGCGUGCGUGCGCGCAAGAGGGAAAGAGCGCUGCUCCUGUCGGUGACUGAAAACUUAAUUUCUUUUUUCAUCUCAUAUUUUUCUCCCAAGAAGACAUUUGUCCUGUGUUCUACAAGAGUACAGAGUGUAGCUUGCCUGGAGGUUAGGGCUGUGAAUGGAGGCUGUGAGUUCCGGAUGUCUUGUCUCUCUCUGGGUUCCAUGACAGUUGAAGGGUGAUGUUAUGAAGCAGCCAGUGGCCUGGCAAGGGAGGCACUGAGCACCUGGGAUGCAAGCUUCUGUGCCACCUGUGGACAUGCUCCUGUCCCAAGGGUUGACCUUUGUUUAUCACGUGUGCUCUGCAUUAUCUCCCAGCUUGAAUUGUCAUCAUGGCGUCAGCCAGCCUCAGCCUCAGGCUGCAGAACAAGCUGACCCCAGGCCAGCCAGGACUACCCUGGGCUUCUGUCCUCUCAGAAAUGGAAGGCCAAACUCAGGAGGGAGCUGGUGAGGUUGCCUGGCCUCAACCACAGCUUCUGCCGAGGAGAACCUGUCUCCUGCAUGAUGCUGGAGAGUUGAGGGUGAAGACAGCAGAACAGACAAUUGCUGGGGUGGUGGCUCAGGCCUGGGAAAAGGCUUAGUCUUCACAACUGUGCAAUACUGCCCUCUCAUCCAUGUCAACCUGCCCAGACAAACUGCCAGGAUGACUAUGGGAGUCAUAGUCAUAGACAAUGGGGUCAGAAGGCAGAGGGGCACUUGGCAUGUCCACAGCUUCCCUCAGCUAAGUGCCAGCCACAUGGGGAACCCUCAAUAAAUGUUGGUGGAAUCAUA